UUAAUAUGUUGCGGUUACGUUAUUUUUGAUGAUGAGUGACGAGGUUGCCGAUGCUUCUCGGCGGCUCUCAGGUCUAGAGAUCCCCGUGUUCUCCAUGCUGGAGUCACAAAUGGGUGACCCAGUCUUAUCGCAUUGGAUAGGUCCUGAUGGAGUGGUUGCUGGUACGGCUUUAGGUCGUAUUUCAGCAUAUCUAUUUGACAUUCCUUCAAGUGUUAAUUCGGAUUUAUCUACAGUAACUGUUGAGAAGCCUAUGGAUACGCCUUCACCUCCUAUCACAUCUGAAUCGGAUGACCCUUCUCCACCUUCUGGAGAUGCAGCUAUCGCUACUGUUGAUUUACCCACCGCAUCACCCCCUGAAGAUUCUCCGAACAAUGAUGCUCCAUUGGUUCCUCCACAGGAGUCCCACAGUGAUGCGGUAUAUAUCGGUAUGGAGGAUUCUCUUUACGAAGGAGACGAGGACCACGGGAGUAGUGGUGGCUUUAGAUUUAAGCAGCUAACCUCUCUUUGUGUUUCUUUUAUGAGUUACUUACGUUGCGGUAGCAAUGGCAUUAGUAAAUCGAGUAUUUGCGAUGUAUUGCCUGGGCGUUAUACGGUAUUUGCGUCCUUUUCUAAUGAAGCGGUUCGUGCUGUUUUUAUUAACAAUCGUUUGCUCUAUUGUUUGAUAGGGACUACUGCCAUUGCUGUCUACGAUGUAGACAAGUAUGCAUUGCGGAAUGAAUAUCGUUUGUCGUUAUCUCGCAACGCCGGUUACAAGCAGAUAACCUUUUCUGGGUGCAAGAUAUUGGUUGACUGUAUGCGCGGAUCUACAAUUUUAGAUCCUGUGGCUAAAACCCAGAUAAGUUCUACCCAUCGUGUCUAUCCUUCCAACGUGCUCGAUUUCAAUGGUUCCGAGAUGAUGUGUUAUUAUCGCAACAUAAACAAGUAUUUUGUUCAAGUGAUCACUCUUGACAAUGACUCGACUAAGAAGGUAUUGUUUUCUAUAGCUAUGCCUAAGAGUGUAUAUCUUGUGACUCAUGGCAAGUUUUGGGGUCGAGAUCGUAUAGUUGUGGUUGCUGACAUGCUUAUGAUUACUGUGUUCAAUCACCGUAUGUUGACUGUUCCGGUCGCCAAGAGACGGCUUAGGGUGGAUAUUAUGGCACUAUGUGGUGGUUUCCGUGAUUUCCUUGCGGUGUUGACUAAGGACGCCAACCUUUUGCUUUUGCAUGGAAGGACUCUGGAGACUUUCCACAGCAUAUCACUUUACCCGGCUACGUUUGAGCUUGGGUGGCCCUAUUCACUGAUUAACUACAAUCGUAUUCUUUCAUUCACAUCUGACGAGGGUGUUUAUUGUUUGAAGCUUCCUAGUAAGGUGUUAACGGUUGCUAGUGAGUGGCAAGUCAAGGACAACAGUAAUGACGUUGGUACCGACACAGAUCCCACAACUACCUCAACGCUGUAAAUAUAAUACAUUCAUAUAUUUAGCAGCA